AUGGUUGACCUCGUCCGCGCCGAGGGUCAGGACCAACCCGACAAUGGCCCCAAUGACUCUACCGACCAGAGCCUUCUUACUCGUAUGGCACGCUUUCGAAAGAAUCCGUUCAACUUUGCCCACGAGAUCUCACUCUUCGUACGCGGUGUCGGAUGGCGCGGAUACGGUCAUAUUGUUGGGCAGCCUGUCUUUUAUCCUGGCUACACGGCCAAAAUCAAGUCCUUGGUCAUGGCGUCUCCAAUAUUGCGCCAGAAAGUCGUUGAACUGACCGAGGACCGAUUGAAAGUGGAAGAGAAGGAGUUCUUCCUCGACCCCGCCAGCCCAACAUACCGACAAGAGAGGAAACGGCGCAGACACGAGAUCGCAUCUCAACUGGUAGACAUUGCGAGUGACAUGGUAGACAAAAUGAUGUGCAAAAUGGAGAGCAAACCAUACAUUCGAGCUGCAUUUUACGGGGUGACGCAACUGCUUACUCGAGCCUACAGCGCAAUUCAUGUCUCUGAAGCGGAGGUGAAGAGAUUGCGAGAAGUGGCGACACAAGCGGCGAAACGAAACCAGUCAAUUAUAUUCCUGCCACGCCAUACAAGCCAUAUUGAUUAUGUCACUCUACAUCUGAUAUGUUAUCGCCUCGGCCUGACUUUACCGGUUGUAGUGGCCGGAGACAACUUGAACUUCCCUCUGGUGGGCAACUUCUUGCAAAACACCGGGGCAAUGUGGAUUAGAAGGAGCUUCGACAAUGACCAGCUUUAUACAACCCUUGUGCAGGCAUACCUAGACACCCUUCUCCAGCAAGGUUACAACCUCGAGUGCUUUAUCGAAGGCACAAGAAGCCGGACCGGUAAACUAUUGGGCCCACGCUUUGGAUUCUUGAGAUUCUUACUCGAUUCUGUUCUUUCAGGCCGAACCGAUGACGCUUAUAUAUGUCCUGUAUCGUUGCAAUACGACAAAGUCAUCGAAGUUGACUCGUAUGUGAGCGAGUUGUUGGGAAAACCCAAGCAAAAGGAAAACUUGGCCGAUUUCAUCUCAUCAUCCUCGGUGUUGUCCCUGAAUUUAGGACGAGUUGACUGCAGAUUUCACGAACCCUGGAGUCUCAGAGAUUUUAUCCGGGAGCAACAAGAACGUCAAAACCAAAUGGAUCUCCAGAUCUCGUCAUCAGAUUCCCGGGAUACUACCUCGAAGACGCGGCUGUUGAGAACUCUUGGGUACAAGGUCCUCUCGGAUAUCAACUCGGCCUCUGUUGUUAUGCCCACGGCACUAGUUGGCACGGUUCUUCUCACACUUCGUGGCCGCGGUGUGGGCAAAUCUGAGUUGAUCCGAAGAGUUGAUUGGCUUUGUGCAAGAACUCGGGCUAAUGGCGGGAAGGUCACAGAUUUCCGGGGCCGGCCUACCUCAUUCGUGGUCGAGCGCGCUCUCGAAGUGUUGGGCCCGAAGUUGGUUGGUUCGGUCGAUGGUCUAGCCGAGGAGACCUACUAUGCUGUUGACCGUUUCCAGCUUUCAUUUUACCGGAACAUGACCAUCCACCUCUUCAUUUCGGAAACCCUCAUCGCCGCUGCCUUGUAUACCAAGGUAAAGCAAGGUGGAGGCAGCGCCAAUCAACAGAUGAGCGAAACAGAACUGAUCGACAAAGUCACCUUCCUAUCGCAACUAUUCCGAGGAGAGUUCAUAUUCCCUGCGGGACAAGGAUUGAGACAUAACCUCCAAGAUGCCAUGCAAGGAUUGUUGCGAGAUGAUGUACUCCAAGUCACAGAAGAUGGUGAAAGAAAGGUUGGUCUGUCGGAUGCUGAGCGGAAAUUGGGACGUGAGAAUUUUGAUUUCUAUUGCUUUCUUAUAUGGCCGUUCGUGGAUGCGGCUUGGCUAGGGACGGUUUCAUUACUGGUGCUGGUACCUCCCGCUGGUUCUCCUAUCGCGUGGAUCGAUAUGCAAAAGGCACAAAACACCGCCCAACUCGCAGGACGGACGCUGUAUCAUCAGGGUGACCUUUCAUAUUUCGAGGCAGUCAACAAGGAGGCUCUGAAGAACGCCUAUAGCCGGUUUCAAGAGGAGGGAAUGAUUUUGGUGUCGAAAAGCAAAGAUGCAAAACCAGGAGUCACGGUACGAUUAGCUCCCGAAUGGACACCGGAGAGAGAUCCCAUGACGGGCGAGCUGAGAGCAUCGGGACGACUAUGGGAUUUCAUUGAGAAAAUUGCACAACAUCGGCGUGAAGGCAAAAACAGACGGGAUGGAGCAGCAGUGUCCGUUCGAGUACUAUCGUUGGCUGCGAGGCUCAACAAGCAGAUGUUCAUGGAUGCCGAAACAUCAUUGGUGGAAGGCGCUCGAGCCGUGGUCAAAGAACGCAGCAGACGGUCAAAAUUGUGA